AGGAGACCUACAUUGUGAGUAAAUGGGAUAAUAAUAAUAAUAAUAAUAAGGAAGAGGAGACCUACAUUGUGUGUAGACGGGGAUAAUAAUAAUAAUAAUAAUAAUAAUAACAACAACAACAACAACAAUGAGGAAGAGGAGAUCUGCACUAAUAAUAAUAAUAAUAAUAAAUGACACAGUCCUAGACACUUGGGAAGUGUUUGACUUGUGAUUUUGUGAUACGAAAUCCAGCAUGUCUAUCUUGUUUGCUUUGUCAUAAUAGUAAUAAUAAUGAUGAUGAUGAGGAAGAGGAGACCUGCUCCUCUGAGUGCGGUCAUUAAUGGAGUUCCGGCGCUCUUUCCCCUUUGGAGCGCAUGCUUUGCCGCCGCCCGCAUUGCUGAGCCGACAGAAAUAGCUUUGCAACCUGAGACCCAACUCUGUUUUAGUGCGGCCGGCCGGGCGGUCAGAAAUACCUCACACGGGGAAGCAGCCCGGCCUCGCAAAACGACCGGGACUUGAUUAAAACGAGGGUUGCCUUUUAAUUAAGCGGUCCUCCUCCCGCCGGGGCCCAGGACCGUUCCCAUGAACCGCUUCCACUAGGAUGCAAAACUCCGGAUUCACGGAGCCGGUCGAUGGCUGCAAGUUCAUCCGGAAUGCUAGGAUGGUGCUGAGUCCUUUUGGACCUUUGCAGAGGGGUCUCUGACCCUCUCCCGGCGUGUAGUAAAGGUGAGCCCUCCCUGUGGUACCACCACCGCCGCCAUGGUGUCGCUGUCACUGAAGGUGUGCGUCCGGCAGGGCAACGUGGUCAAGACCAUGCAGUUCACGCCCGGCACUGCCGUCUACGACGCCUGCCGCAUGGUCCGGGAGAGGGUCCCCGAGGCCCAGGCCGGGCAAGCUUCGGAUUAUGGGUUAUUCCUCUCCGAUGAAGAUCCGCGGAAAGGCAUUUGGUUGGAAGCCGGAAGGACCCUGGAUUAUUAUAUGCUGCGGAACGGGGACGUGCUGGAGUACAAGAAGAAGCAGCGGCCGCAGAAGGUGCGUAUGCUGGACGGGUCGGUCAAGACGGUGAUGGUGGACGACUCCAAGACGGUUGGGGAGUUGCUGGUCACCAUCUGCAGCCGCAUCGGAAUCACCAACUACGAGGAGUACUCCUUGAUCCAGGAGACCGUGGGCAGCGAAGAGAAGAAGGAGGAGGGCAGCGGGACCCUCAAGAAGGAAAGGACGCUCCUCCGGGACGAGAAGAAGAUGGAGAAGCUCAAGGCCAAGCUCCACACCGACGAUGACUUGAACUGGCUGGACCACGGCCGGACCUUCCGGGAACAGGGCGUGGAGGAGAGCCGGACGCUCCUCCUCCGGCGCAAGUUCUUCUAUUCGGACCAAAACGUCGACGCCCGGGACCCCGUCCAGCUCAACCUCCUCUACGUCCAGGCCCGGGAUGAUAUUUUGAACGGCUCGCACCCAGUCUCCUUUGAAAAGGCCUGUGAGUUCGGGGGCUUCCAGGCCCAGAUCCAGUUUGGACCUCACGUGGAGCACAAGCACAAGCCGGGCUUCCUGGACCUGAAAGAGUUCCUUCCGAAGGAAUACGUCAAGCAGCGCGGGGCCGAGAAGAGGAUCUUCCAGGAGCACAAAAACUGUGGCGAGAUGGCGGAGAUCGAGGCCAAGGUCAAGUACGUGAAGCUGGCGCGCUCCCUCCGCACCUACGGCGUCUCCUUUUUCCUCGUGAAGGAGAAGAUGAAGGGGAAGAACAAGCUGGUCCCGCGCCUGCUGGGCGUCACCAAGGAGUCGGUGAUGCGCGUGGACGAGCGCACGAAGGAGGUGCUGCAGGAGUGGCCCCUCACCACCGUCAAGCGCUGGGCCGCCUCCCCAAAGAGCUUCACCCUGGAUUUUGGCGAGUAUCAAGAGAGUUACUACUCGGUGCAGACGACAGAAGGCGAGCAGAUCUCGCAGCUGAUCGCCGGCUACAUCGACAUCAUCCUCAAGAAGAAGCAAAGCAAGGACCGCUUUGGGCUGGAAGGGGAUGAGGAGUCGACGAUGCUCGAGGAGUCUGUCUCGCCAAAAAAGUCGACCAUCCUGCAGCAGCAGUUCAACCGGACGGGGAAAGUGGAGCACGGGUCGGUGGCCCUGCCGGCCGUCAUGCGCUCGGGGUCCACCGGGCCAGAGCCCUUCAACAUGGGCAGCAUGCCUUCGCCACAACAGCAGGUCACCGUGGGACAGAUGCACCGCGGGCACAUGCCCCCCUUGACUUCUGCCCAGCAGGCCCUGAUGGGGACCCUCAACACCAGCAGACAAGCCGUCCAGCAGGCCCAGGCCGAUCUCACCGAGGUGGACAGCCUCCCGCCGUUGGGCAACGACAUGGCUUCCAGGGUCUGGGUCCAGAACAAAGUGGACGAAUCCAAGCACGAAAUACAUUCUCAGGUGGACGCCAUCACCGCAGGGACCGCCUCCGUCGUCAACCUGACCGCAGGGGACCCAGUGGACACGGACUACACGGCCGUGGGCUGCGCCAUCACCACCAUCUCCUCCAACCUGACCGAGAUGUCCAAGGGGGUCAAGCUGCUGGCUGCCCUGAUGGACGACGAGGUGGGCAGCGGGGAGGACCUCCUCAAGGCCGCCCGGACCCUGGCCGGAGCUGUCUCGGACCUCCUCAAAGCCGUGGAGCCGGCCUCCGGAGAGCCUCGCCAGACAGUCUUGACGGCCGCCGGGAGCAUUGGCCAGGCCAGUGGGGAGCUCCUUCGGCAGAUUGGGGAGAACGAGACCGACGAACGGUUCCAGGAUGUGCUGAUGAGCCUGGCCAAGGCGGUGGCCAACGCAGCCGCCAUGUUGGUCCUGAAGGCCAAGAACGUGGCGCAGGUGGCCGAAGACGCCGUCCUGCAGAACAGGGUCAUUGCCGCUGCCACCCAGUGCGCCCUCUCCACCUCCCAGCUGGUGGCCUGCGCAAAGGUGGUGAGCCCCACCAUCAGCUCCCCGGUCUGCCAGGAGCAGCUGAUGGAGGCGGGGCGGCUGGUGGACCGGUCGGUGGAGGGCUGUGUGCGGGCCUGCCAGGCGGCCACCGACGACAUGGAGCUGCUGAAGCAAGUGAGUGCUGCGGCCGGCGUGGUCAGCCAGGCCCUGAGCGACCUCCUGCAGCAUGUGCGGCAGUUUGCCAGCCGCGGGGAGCCCAUCGGCCGCUACGACCAGGCCACCGACACCAUCAUGUGCGUCACCGAGAGCAUCUUCAGCUCCAUGGGGGACGCCGGUGAGAUGGUCCGCCAAGCCCGGGUCCUGGCCCAGGCGACCUCGGACCUCGUGAACGCCAUGCGCUCGGACGCCGAGGCCGAGAUCGACAUGGAGAACUCCAAGAAGCUCCUGGCAGCUGCGAAGCUCCUGGCCGACUCGACCGCCCGGAUGGUGGAGGCCGCAAAGGGAGCGGCAGCCAACCCGGAGAAUGAAGACCAGCAGCAGCGUCUCCGGGAAGCGGCCGAGGGUCUGCGAGUGGCCACCAACGCAGCCGCCCAAAACGCCAUCAAGAAGAAGAUCGUGAACCGGCUGGAGGUUGCGGCCAAGCAGGCGGCAGCGGCCGCGACCCAAACCAUUGCUGCUUCGCAAAACGCGGCCAUUUCAAACAAGAACACCUCCGCUCACCAGCAGUUGGUCCAGAGCUGCAAGAGCGUGGCUGACCACAUCCCGCAGCUGGUGCAAGGUGUGAGGGGCAGCCAGGCCCAGGCCGAGGACCUCAGCGCCCAGCUGGCCCUCAUCAACUCCAGCCAGAACUUCCUCCAGCCGGGGAGCAGGAUGGUGUCCUCGGCCAAGGCGGCGGUGCCCACGGUGGGGGACCAGGCGGCCGCCAUGCAGCUCAGCCAAUGCGCCAAGAACCUGGCCACCAGCCUGGCCGAGCUGCGCACCGCUUCCCAGAAGGCGCAUGAAGCCUGUGGCCCCAUGGAGAUCGACUCCGCCUUGAGCACCGUCCAGACCCUCAAAAACGAGCUCCAGGACGCCAAGAUGGCCGCCGUGGAGGGGCAGCUGAAGCCGCUUCCGGGGGAAACGCUUGAAAAGUGUGCUCAGGACCUGGGCAGUACCUCCAAGGCGGUGGGUUCCUCCAUGGCCCAGUUGCUGACCUGUGCCGCGCAAGGCAACGAACACUACACGGGGGUGGCGGCACGUGAGACGGCACAGGCGCUGAAGAGCCUGGCGCAGGCGGCGCGGGGGGUGUCGGCCUCCACGGGGGACCCCCCUGCGGCACACGCCAUGCUGGACUCGGCCCGGGACGUGAUGGAGGGCUCCGCCGUCCUCAUCCAGGAGGCCAAGCAGGCCCUGGGCGCCCCCGGAGACGCCGACAGGCAGCAGAGGCUGGCCCAGGUGGCCAAAGCCGUCUCCCAUUCGCUGAACAACUGCGUGAACUGCCUUCCCGGCCAGAAGGACGUUGACGUGGCCUUGAAGAGCAUCGGCGAGUCCAGCAAGAAGCUUCUGGUGGAAUCGCUCCCUCCGAGCUCCAAGUCCUUCCAGGAGGCGCAGAGCGAGCUCAACCAGGCGGCGGCCGACCUGAACCAGUCGGCGGGGGAGGUGGUGCACGCCACGCGGGGCCAGAGCGGGGAGCUGGCCGCCGCCUCCGGGAAGUUCAGCGAAGACUUUGACGAGUUCCUGGGCGCCGGGAUCGAGAUGGCCGGGCAGGCCCAGACGAAGGAGGACCAGAUCCAGGUGAUUGGGAACCUGAAGAACAUCUCCAUGGCCUCCUCCAAGCUGCUCUUAGCCGCCAAGUCGCUCUCGGUGGACCCCGGUGCCCCCAACGCCAAGAACCUCCUUGCGGCUGCAGCCAGGGCCGUGACUGAGAGCAUCAAUCAGCUCAUCACUUUGUGUACGCAGCAAGCCCCGGGCCAAAAGGAAUGUGACAAUGCUCUCCGAGAGCUGGAGACAGUGAAAGAGAUGCUGGAAAACCCCAACGAACCCGUGAGCGACCUCUCCUAUUUCGACUGCAUCGAAGGCGUCAUGGAAAACUCCAAGGUCCUCGGGGAAGCCAUGGCGGGGAUUUCGCAGAACGCCAAAACGGGCGACCUCCCUGCCUUUGGCGAAUGCGUCGGGGUGGCUUCCAAGGCCCUUUGCGGACUCACCGAAGCCGCCGCACAAGCGGCGUUCUUGGUGGGGGUCUCGGACCCCAACAGCCAGGCGGGCCAGCAGGGCCUGGUGGACCCCAUCCAGUUUGCCCGGGCCAACCAAGCCAUCCAAAUGGCCUGCCAGAACCUGGUUGACCCGGCCAGCAGCCCCUCCCAGGUCCUGUCGGCAGCCACCAUUGUGGCCAAGCACACCUCGGCCUUGUGCAACGCCUGCCGCAUCGCCUCCUCCAAGACAGCCAACCCGGUGGCCAAGAGGCACUUUGUCCAGUCGGCCAAAGAGGUGGCCAACAGCACGGCCAACCUGGUCAAGACCAUCAAGGCCUUGGACGGCGACUUCUCCGAAGACAACCGCAACAAAUGCCGGGUGGCGACUGCGCCGCUCAUUGAAGCAGUGGAAAACUUGACCGCUUUUGCAUCGAACCCUGAGUUUGUCAGCAUCCCGGCCCAGAUCAGCGCAGAGGGCUCACAUGCGCAGGAGCCCCUCCUGACCUCGGCGCGGACGAUGCUGGAGAGCUCCUCCUGGCUGAUCCGGACGGCCCGCUCCCUGGCCAUCAACCCCAAGGACCCCUCCGCGUGGUCCGUCCUGGCCGCCCACUCCCACACCGUCUCCGAGGCCAUCAAGAGCCUCAUCACCUCCAUCAGGGACAAGGCUCCGGGGCAGAGGGAGUGCGACCACUCCAUCGAUGGGAUCAACAAAUGCAUCCGAGACAUCGAACAAGCCUCGCUGGCCGCCGUCAGCCAGAACCUGGCUGCAAGAGAUGACAUCUCCGUCGAGGCCUUACAGGAGCAGCUGACCUCCGUCGUCCAGGAAAUCGGGCACCUCAUUGACCCCAUUGCUACAGCCGCCCGAGGAGAGGCUGCCCAGUUGGGACACAAGGUAACACAGCUGGCCAGCUACUUUGAGCCACUGGUGCUGGCGGCGGUGGGCCUGGUGUCCAAGCUGAUGAGCCACCAGCAGCAGAUGACCCUCUUGGACCAGACCAAGACUUUGGCCGAGUCAGCCCUCCAGACGCUCUAUGCCGCUAAAGAAGGAGGAGGGAACCCCAAGGCCUCGCACACGCAUGACGCCAUCACGGAAGCUGCCCAGCUGAUGAAGGAAGCCGUAGACGACCUCAUGGUCACCCUCAACGAGGCUGCCAGCGAAGUGGGCAUGGUGGCCAACAUGGUGGACUCCAUCGCUGAAGCCAUGAGCAAGCUGGACGAAGGCACUCCUCCGGAGACCAAGGCCUCCUUUGUGGACUACCAGACCACCGUGGUCAAAUACUCCAAAGCCAUUGCGGUGACGGCCCAGGAAAUGAUGACCAAAGCAGUCACCAACCCAGAAGAGCUGGGAGGACUGGCCUCGCAAAUGACCACCGACUACGGACAUUUGGCUUUCCAAGGAAGAAUGGCAGCCGCCACGGCCGAACCAGAAGAGAUCGGCCUCCAGAUCCGGGCCCGGGUUCAAGAGCUGGGCCACGGCUGCAUCUUCCUGGUCCAGAAGGGGGGGGCCCUCCAGGUCUGCCCCACCGACAGCUACACCAAGCGCGAGCUUAUCGAGUGCGCACGCGCCGUCAGCGAGAAGGUCUCGCUGGUGCUGUCCGCUCUGCAGGCCGGAAACAAGGGCACCCAGGCCUGCAUCACGGCCGCCAGCGCCGUCUCCGGCAUCAUCGCCGACCUGGACACCACCAUCAUGUUCGCCACCGCCGGGACCCUCCACGCUGAGAACAACGAGUCCUUCGCCGACCACAGGGAAAACAUCCUGAAGACGGCGAAGGCCUUGGUGGAGGACACCAAGCUGCUGGUCUCCGGGGCGGCCUCCAGCCAAGAACAGCUGGCCCAAGCUGCCCACUCCUCGGCCUCCACCAUCACGCAGCUGGCCGAAGUGGUCAAGCUGGGGGCCGCCAGCCUGGGCUCCGACGACCCCGAAACACAGGUGGUGCUCAUCAACGCCAUCAAGGACGUGGCCAAAGCCUUGUCGGACCUCAUUGGCGCCACCAAAGGAGCGGCCAGCAAACCCGCCGAUGACCCUUCUAUGUACCAGCUCAAGGGAGCGGCCAAAGUGAUGGUGACAAAUGUGACAUCUCUCCUGAAGACGGUGAAAGCGGUGGAAGAUGAAGCCACGCGCGGAACAAGAGCCUUGGAGGCCACCAUUGAGUACAUCAAGCAGGAGCUCACGGUCUUCCAGUCGAAGGAGGUUCCGGAAGGGUCGUCUUCCCCGGAGGAGUCCAUCCGGAUGACCAAGGGCAUCACCAUGGCCACGGCCAAAGCGGUGGCGGCCGGCAACUCGUGCCGCCAGGAGGACGUCAUCGCCACGGCCAACCUCAGCCGCAAGGCCGUGGCCGACAUGCUGACCGCCUGCAAGCAAGCGUCCUUCCACCUGGAGGUCAGCGAGGAGGUCCGCGCUCGGGCCCUGCGCUACGGGACGGAGUGCACCCUCGGGUACCUGGCCCUCCUGGAACACGUCCUGGCGAUCCUCCAGAAGCCGACGCCGGAGCUGAAGCAGCCUCUGGCCGCCUUGUCCAAGCGAGUGGCCAGCGCAGUGACCGAGCUCAUCCAGGCGGCCGAAGCCAUGAAAGGGACGGAGUGGGUCGACCCCGAGGACCCCACGGUCAUUGCGGAGACGGAGCUGCUGGGAGCGGCCGCCUCCAUCGAGGCCGCGGCCAAGAAGCUGGAGCAGCUCAAGCCCAGAGCCAAGCCCAAGCAGGCGGACGAGACGCUGGACUUUGAGGAGCAGAUCCUGGAGGCGGCCAAGUCCAUUGCCGCGGCCACCAGUGCGCUGGUCAAGUCGGCUUCGGCCGCCCAGAGGGAGCUGGUGGCCCAAGGGAAGGUCGGGGCCAUCCCUGCAAAUGCGGCCGACGACGGCCAGUGGUCUCAGGGACUUAUUUCUGCCGCCCGGAUGGUGGCGGCGGCCACGAGCAGCUUGUGCGAAGCGGCCAACGCCUCGGUGCAGGGUCACGCCAGCGAGGAGAAGCUGAUCUCCUCCGCCAAACAGGUGGCGGCUUCCACGGCGCAGCUGCUGGUGGCCUGCAAAGUGAAAGCGGAUCAGGAUUCAGAGGCCAUGCGCAGGCUGCAAGCGGCGGGGAACGCGGUGAAGCGCGCCUCGGACAACCUGGUGCGGGCGGCGCAGAAGGCGGCCUUUGGGAAGGCGGACGACGAUGACGUGGUGGUCAAGACCAAGUUUGUGGGGGGCAUCGCGCAGAUCAUUGCCGCGCAGGAGGAGAUGCUGAAGAAGGAGCGGGAGCUGGAAGAGGCGCGGAAGAAGCUGGCCCAGAUCCGGCAGCAGCAGUACAAGUUCCUCCCCACAGAACUGCGGGAAGACGAGGGUUAACACAAAGGGGGGCACGGGCGGGGCACCGCACUGCCGGGGUUGGCGCGAGACGAAGGUCACGUCGACAUUGGGGGCCGGCGGACGGAAGGAGGGCUCAGCCGGACCCCCUGGACAAAACGGGGCCAAAAGGAAGGCCACGGCAGGGCCGCUUCCUCCUUCCCAGGACCCUCCUCUCCCUCCGCCGUGGGACACACCCUUGGCCCUCUUGACCGUCCAACGUCUUGGGCCACUAUUUUGGUCCAUUUGGGGCCGCGGUUUCACUACUACUCUGGCCAUUUUGGUCCAUACUGAUCAAACCAUUUUGGUUUUCCAUUUGGUCCGCCAUUUGGGUCCAUGCUGAUCAGUCCGCCAUUUGGGUUCACUGUUUCAGUCCGCCAUUUUGCUUUUCCGUUCAGUUCGCCAUUUGGGUUCGCCUCUUAGGUCCAUACCGAUCAACCAUUUUGGUCUUCCAUUUGGUCCACCAUUUUGGGCAGCCAUUUUGAUCCAUACAAUGGCCAUUUCAGUCCACAAUUUUUGGUUUUCCAUUUGGUCCUCCAUUUGGGUCCAUCUCUUAGGUCCAUACCGAUCAACCAUUUCAAUCCGCCAUUUUGGUCCACCAUUUUGGUCCAUACUGAUCAACCGUUUCAAUCCACCAUUUUGGUUUUCCAUUUGGUCCACGAUUUGGGUCUGUACUGAUCAAUCACUUUGGUCGGCCCGCUUGGUUCACCGUCUCUGCCCGCCCUUUGGGUUUCCCACGUGGUCCACCAUUUCGGUCCACGGGGCCCCCUUUUUGUGGCCCGUUGUGGCCCUCCUUCCGUCCCGUCCCGUCCUUUCCCUUCUUUGUGUCUCAGGAUCAAAACCCAGGCCUCCCUCCUCGUUCUUACUCUUGCAAAAAGGGGCCGUAAAUCAGUAUUAUCCCCUCGCCCAACGUUCCGACCUAUUUAUUUCUCUCUCCGGACGGACGGCGGUCGGGGCUUCUUCCGGGCUUUGGAACGAACCCGGAGAAAAAUCGUGUUCAAGGAAGGAAACUGUAUAGCCAAACGAGGAAAGGUCCCGUUUUUGGGGUCCCCCCUUCUCCUCCUUUGGACGUUCCACGAUGAAGGCGAUGUCCGGACCGGAACCCGGACCUAUGAAUGUGCCGGAGCCCUUUCCCGCCGGCCUCUCCUCCAAGGCAUUCAAAUAAAAAUAUAACCCUUUUUCGGUA